GCAGCUUUCCUGGUUCAGUGUGGAGGCUGUCUUGCUGUUUUCGGCCUGUCGGACUUCUUUAAAAAAAGCACCGAAAAAUGACUUUAAUGUUUUUUUAAUCCUUAAAUACUUUGCAGUGAACUGUUGACUUGUCACCAUGAGAAGCAGAAGCAACUCUGGGGUUAAAUUGGACAACUAUUCUCGGAUAGUACAGCAAACUAUCCUGCGGCUCCAAGAUCCAGUAUCGGGUCUUCUGCCAGCCAGCGGCGACCAACCUCAUGCCUGGGUCCGAGACAAUGUUUACAGCUGUGUGUCGGUGUGGGCCCUCAGCCUGGCCUACAGGAAGAACGCCGACAGGGACGAGGACAAGGCCAAGGCCUACGAGCUGGAGCAGAGUGUGGUAAAGCUAAUGAGAGGAGUCCUUCAGUGCAUUAUGAGGCAGCUGGAUAAAUUGGAGAAGUUUAAAUACAGCAAAAGCACCUCAGACUCGCUCCACGCCAAGUACAACACUAGGACCUGCGCCCCUGUUGUCGGAGACGCUGAGUGGGGUCACCUGCAGGUCGACGCUACCUCGCUGUUCCUGCUCUUCCUCGCUCAGAUGACGGCGUCGGGUCUUCACAUCAUCUACACCCAAGAUGAAGUGGACAUUGUGCAGAAUCUCAUGUUUUACAUUGAGGGAGCUUACAAAGUGGCUGAUUAUGGGAUGUGGGAAAGAGGAGACAAAACCAAUCAGGGCAUCACUGAGCUUAACGCCAGCUCUAUAGGAAUGGCCAAGGCAGCUCUGGAGGCGUUGGACGAGCUCAACCUGUUCGGAGCUAAAGGCGGACCUGGAUCAGUUGUCCACGCUCUGGCUGACGACAUCCAGCACUGCCAGUCCAUCCUGACCUCCAUGUUACCCAGAGCAUCCAUCUCUAAAGAGGUGGAUGCCGGCGUUCUGGCCAUCAUCACGUAUCCCGCCUUCGCUGUUGAGGACAUUGAAAUAGUCAACAUGACCAAGGAGGAGAUCAUCUCCAAACUGCAGGGUCGAUACGGCUGCUGCAGGUUCCUCAGAGACGGACAUAAGACACCGAAAGAGGAUCCAAACCGUCUGUAUUACGAGUCUGCAGAGCUGAAGCUGUUUGAGAACAUCGAGUGUGAAUGGCCGCUGUUCUGGACUUACCUCAUACUGGACGGCAUUUUCACCAACAGCCCCGAGCAGGUCCAGGAGUACCAGGAGGCUUUGGAGGGAAUCCUGAUCAAGCAGAAAGACGGAGUACGACUCGUCCCCGAGCUCUACAGCGUCCCUCCUGAUAAGGUGGAGGAGGAGUAUAACAACCCUCACUCUGUGGAGAGGAUUCCUAUGGGGAAGCUACCUCUGAAAUGGGGGCAGUCUCUGUACGUCCUGGGAAACCUUCUAGCUGAGGGUUUUCUCGCCCCCGGAGAGAUCGACCCUCUUAACAGACGUUUCUCUACUAUCCCCAAACCAGAUGUAGUCGUACAAGUGUCCGUUCUGGCCGAGACUGAGGAGAUCAAACAGCUGCUUCUGAAGAACGGCAUCGAGGUGGAAACUGUGGGCGACAUCCAUCCGAUCCACGUCCAACCCGCCAGAGUCCUCAGCCACAUCUACGCCAGACUCGGUCGUAACCCGAGGCUCGGCCUGACUGGACGGCCCUACAGAACUAUAGGAGUACUGGGAACCUCCAAGUUCUACAUCAUCAGAAACACCGUCUUCUCUUUCACACCUCAGUUCAUCGACCAUCAGCAGUUUUAUUUGGCUUUGGACAAUAAAAUGAUCGUAGAGAUGCUGAGGACAGAAAUCGCCUACCUGGCAUCGAGGUGGAGGAUGACGGGUCGACCCACCGUCACGUUUCCCAUUUCACAGACUAUGCUGAGUGAGGACCAUAAAUCUCUGGACCCUGCAGUUUUGGGUACACUGAAAAAGUUACAGGACGGAUAUUACGGAGGAGCGAGAAUCCAGACGGGCAAGUUAUCCGAGUUCUUGACCACUUCCUGUUUGGCUCACCUUAGUUUCCUGGAUGGUAAGGGUUCUGGCAGCAUGAGCCACAGCGACACCGAGUAUGAUGAUGAUGAUGAUGAUGAUGAUGAUGAUGAUGAUGAUGAUGGGGGUUACGGCGAUGGAUUCGUGCAUGAGUUACAUUGUGACGAUGAGAUCGACGACCUCGCCCAGUACCUGGACCACCUGUUGGCCCACUCUGCUCCCAGGAAGAAGCCCAGAGAGAAGCUGGGUCCACUGGGAAGGUUCAAAGCGGCGGCCCUCAGGACGAAGGAGAUGGUGACGCUGAGGAACAAAGCCAUGGAGCUCAACAUCGACUCUGUGAACAUGUAUCUGCCAAACAAGCUGUUCCGUCCUCAUCAGCCGUCGCUCCACUUAAGCAUCCCAGACGCUUCACAACAGAGUCAGGGUCCGGAGGUGACGGUCACGGCCGAGUGUGCGAUCCCCAAAGACGCCAGCGGAGCCAUCGACUAUCCCGCUCUGGUCCAGCUGCUCAAAGUCACACACAGCCUCCAGGACCAGGCAGACAUUCUCUACAUCCUCUUCAAAGACAAAGGUAAAGACUGGGACACUAUGAUGCAUGGGAAAGGCUCCACGGUGAAGUCUCUGCUGGGCGAGCUCUACGAGAAGGCCGGAGAGCUGAAGCAGUGGGGGCUCGUCAGGAUGAUGUCCGGCAUGCUGAGGAAGAAGGUGGAGGAGCUGGACUCGCAACCCGGCGAGAUCAAGUUCGCGGUCCACGUUGAGACCGUCCUGAACCGCGUCCCCCAGCCGGAGUACAGGCAGCUGCUGGUGGAGGCCAUCUUGGUCCUCACCAUGCUGGCCGACGUGGAGAUCGAGAGCAUCGGCUCCAUCAUCCACGUGGAGAAGAUCGUCCACAUCGCCAACGACAUGUUCUACAAGGAUCAGAAGGACCUGGGAGCCGAGGACAACAUCCUGGACAAGGACCCGUCCACCGGCGUGUGCAGGCUGCUGUACGACAGCGCCCCCAGUGGCCGCUACGGGAGCAUGACCUACCUCACCAAAGCCGUGGCCGUGUACGUGCAGGACUUCCUGCCCAGCGAGUCGUGUGCCGUUCAGUGAGAGGAACAU